CGGUCAGGACGGAAGCGGAAGGGGCGGGGCUCCGCGGCAGGACUCCUCCAGCACUUGCGGGUUCUUGCUGAGCGCCCGCCAGUGUAGGGAGCGGGCCUGGACCUCCGAGGCCAAGAUGGUAGACUACAGCGUGUGGGAUCACAUCGAGGUGUCGGACGAUGAGGACGAGACGCACCCCAAUAUCGACACGGCCAGCCUCUUCCGCUGGCGGCACCAGGCCCGAGUGGAGCGCAUGGAGCAGUUCCACAAGGAGAAGGAGGAGCUGGACCGCGGCUGCCGGGAGUGCAAACGCAAGGUGGCUGAGUGCCAGCGUAAGCUGAAGGAGCUGGAGGUGGCAGAGGGAGGAGGCCAGGCUGAGCUGGAGCGGCUGCGGGCCGAGGCUCAGCAGCUACGCAAGGAGGAGCGCAGCUGGGAGCAGAAGCUGGAGGAGAUGCGCAAGAAGGAGAAAAGCAUGCCUUGGAAUGUGGACACUCUCAGCAAAGAUGGCUUCAGCAAGGCCCCCGGCUACGCCUCAGCCACCUUGAUGCAUUUGGCGAAGCCACCACCUCCAAUGUGGACAGGAUGGGCACGGCGGCCACGGCCCCCUCGCCCAGGGCGCUUCCCACCCCUGCCCAAGCCCACUUGCCCUCUUGCCCUGUCACAGAGCAUGGUCAAUACCAAGCCUGACAAGGCGGAGGAGGACUCAGAGGAGAUGAGGGAGCAGAAACACAAGACCUUUGUGGACAAGUAUGAAAAACAGAUCAAACAUUUCGGCAUGCUUCACCGCUGGGACGACAGCCAGAAGUACCUUUCUGACAAUGUCCAUCUUGUGUGUGAAGAGACAGCCAACUACCUGGUCAUCUGGUGCAUCGACCUGGAAGUGGAGGAGAAAUGUGCGCUGAUGGAGCAAGUGGCCCACCAGACCAUGGUUAUGCAGUUUAUCCUGGAACUAGCCAAGAGCCUCAAGGUUGACCCCCGAGCCUGCUUCCGGCAGUUCUUCACUAAGAUUAAGACUGCAGACCGUCAGUACAUGGAGGGUUUCCAGUAUGAGCUGGAGGCCUUCAAGGAGCGUGUGCGUGGCCGUGCCAAGCUGCGCAUCGAGAAGGCCAUGAAGGAGUACGAGGAGGAGGAGCGCAAGAAGCGGCUGGGCCCUGGAGGCCUAGACCCUGUGGAGGUCUACGAGUCCCUGCCUGAGGAACUGCAGAAGUGCUUCGAUGUGAAAGAUGUGCAGAUGCUGCAAGAUGCCAUCAGCAAGAUGGACCCCUCUGAUGCCAAGUACCAUAUGCAGCGUUGCAUCGACUCUGGCCUCUGGGUCCCCAACUCCAAGUCCAGCGAGGCCAAGGAGGGGGAGGAGGUGGGCCCCGGGGACCCAUUGCUGGAAGCUGGUCCCAAAGCGGGCGACAAGAAAGACAGCAACAUGUGACCUGUCACAGCCACUGCCACCACCGGCCUGCAGGCCUGUGCAGGCCUCUCUUCAGAGGAAAGCUAGAGCCUCCAGCUCCUGGUCCCCCUCUUCUGCCACCCCCCAGGGCCGCUCUCCACUGGCCCUGUCAUCAAGUCCCCAGCACUUGCCCACUUCUGCUUCCAGUCCAGGGGCUCUACUGCCUGCAGCUCCCUGCCCCAUCAGCGUUAUGCCAAAGUCCUGGAGGUUUGUGGAGGGGCAGCAGUCACCAGGUCAGUUGCCCAGGUUGGGGACAUACAUGUUCCCAGCCAAGGUGGGUCUGUCCAUGCCGCUCUGUGUCUGCUGUUUCUUUUCUGUCUAGUCCUCUCUGGCAAUGAUGUCCAAUAAACAGUUUCCGAUGCUCCAGG